UAUCUUAAUUUGUGUUCCGAAGAUGAACGAAGGUCUUAUGGGUGUGGAACAACAUGAGGGUAAGUAAUAAAUGACAGAAUUUUCAUUUUUGGGUGAACUAACCCAUAACUGUUUCUGUUUUAAUGAUUUAAUUUAUUCCUGUGAUGCAAGCUGAAUUUUCAGCAUCAUUACUCCAGUCUUCAUUGUCAUAUGAUCCUUCAGGAAUAAUUCUAAUAUGCUGAUUUCUGCUCAAGAAAGCAUAUAUUACCAAUGCUAAAAAAUAGAAAGUAAAAAAAAAAAAUUAUUUGAAAUGGAAAUCUUUUGUAACAUUACCACAAAUUAGUUUACUGUCAUUUUUGAUCAAUGUAAUGCUUCCUCACUGAAUCAAUUUGUUUCAAAACAAACAAACAUGGGGGGGAUGCAAAAUAUGGACAUUUCAGAAGUUUUUUUUUCCUAACACUUUACUAUACGAUUCAAUCGGAAACAUCAGUGCAUUAGUUAUCAUGAACUAACAAUGACAAAUGCUUUAAUCUAGAUUAAUAAAUGCUUACAUUUCUACAUCUUAAAGUUUAAUAAAUUUGAUAUUUUAACAGUUAAAUGCAUUAUGAACUAACAUGGACAAUAAUAUUUUUAUAAAUAAAAAUUAACCUAGAUUAAUGUAAAACUGUUCAUGUUUAGUUCAUGAUGCCUAAUGAGUUUAUUGUAGUGUGACAGAAGUUUAUAUAGAAAGGUUUUUUGUAGAUCUGAGGUUCUCAACCUUUUUGACUUCAAAGCUCCCUAUUGUCCACAACACUUUUCCAGUUUUUCAUUAUUAAUUACAUAAGGAUUUUUAAAAGACAAUUUGAACCUUAUAAAAUAUUUUAGAGCUUGACAAAACUAGAAAAAAAUGUUUAAUAUAAAAUUGGAGAUUAUUAAUUUACCAGACUUUUCCAGGUCUAGAAAUCUCUCUUUUUUCAAAAUAAGGCUUUCUCAUAUAUUCAGAUUUUCCAAGACCUUAGGAAUCUUGGUUCUUUAAAGAAAAAGGGUGUGAAUUACAUUUUUUUUUUAGUUGUUUUGGCUUGUUUUAAUGCUUGUUUAGUCUUAUUUGAAAUAAUUUUAAGACAACUUGAUUCUUCAUUCUUAAAAAUAAAGGAUCCAAAAGGGUGUUUUUGCAGCGAUGGCAUAGAAGAACCAUUUUUUGUUCCCCAAAGAACCUUUUAUUGAACAAUUCUUAAAAGAACCAUUACUCUGGUUUAAUGUGUAGAACAUUUUAAAAAACUUAAGAACCAUUUUUCUCUAUGAAGAAGUUUCAUGGAACCAUUAAUGCCAAUAAAGAACCUUUUAUUUUUAAGAGUCUUGAGGCCCUCUGGUUGAGAACCACUGGUGUAAAUUAUUCCGAUCCUCCCAGCAGCACACACUUUGUGUACAACCGGGUUCUGCCUUUUUGGACACAAAUGAGCAAUGACUGAUCAUAAUGACAUGUAGUUGGUGUAAAUCAUUUGGAAAUGAACACUCAUGCAUAUGGAGUUACGCUUAAACAUUUUUUUCCCUCAGGAUGCAGCUCUUGCGCAAUAUGUCUAUGAAUUGUCCAUAAGGGAGAACUCAAAUACUGCUUUUAUAGUGCAAUAUAAUGCUCGGAAAAACUCUUUUGGAUAAGUCAACAGAGAGGACACACUUCAAAAUAUAUUUUACCUGGUGGAAACGGUCUCUAAUAGCCAUGUCUGUGUGUUUGGAGGGGUGUACUGAGGAAUUUGCACAUAGGCCUACUGUACAUCACUUCUGUGCUCUUGUUAGUAUGAGCAGGUUGUCUGAGCCAAUCAGAAUAAUCUACACUAUGGGUCACUGUCCAGCUGGACAUGAUUCAAAUGGACUGGCUGGAUCAAUGAGUUCUGAAAGAAAAGUGGUCCAGUUUACCUGAGUUCACCCUAUUUAUCUGGCCAUGUUCAGCGAAAUGUGUGCUUUUUCAGCAACAGCUGUGUUGUUGCUUUAAACGCUUUCUUCAAGAGUCAUGUGAUGGCUGUAGAGGAGAAUUAUUGGUUCUGUACACAAAAUGUGUAUUUAAAUCUUGUCUGUUGUUUGCACAGUCUAUUAGAGGAAGUGCAAUCUGGGGAGAACAAUAAUGGUAUUUGCAUAUGACAAACAAUAUGGAUAUCUCAUCUGCGUUUUGUUAGGGGAUUCCCUAAAAUUUACAGCAUAACGGAAAUAACUGUCUGUUUGUCAGUUGUAGAAGGACUAACAGUUUUAACAGCACUGGAUGAUUCAUCCAUGUUUAAAUAAGCAGCUGGAGCUGUUUUAACUCCAGUUGCUUCCAAACUUAUGAUGGGGGACUUCAGCUCAAGGUUGACUUAGUUGUUUUUAUUAUGUUCACUGACAUUUUGUUCAACUAUUUAAUUUAUAUAUAUGCAAAAGAGACUUCUUUCAAAAGCAUUAAAUCUUAAGUAUUCCAAAUUUUUGACUAUAUCACCCUAAUGUCAUGGAGUUUCUAGAAAUGUUAGUCAGAAUGACCGUGUCCUGUUCAGUGUCAUUGUGUGGGGAAAAAAAAUGCAGAGAAAGUGAAUGGUGACUGAGGCUGUGUUGUGUAGCGGGGCGCUGCAGGGAUCUGUAUGACCUCUAGAGGGCGACAAAACGCUGAAUGAAUGGAGUACGCCAUCUGAGGUGGAGAUGACGAGGAAGAAGCUGUCAAAACACUGCAAGGCCGUACGAGUCGGCGUUUAAACAUGAAUUGGUUAGGCUCCAAAUUUGCACCUUACAUUUACCACCUAUGGAGCAUGUAAAUCUCUGCAAUGUCUCCGCCUGAGCUUCUCCACCCGAGCCCCUGGGGCUUGUCUGAGUUUUUGGUCCAGAAGAGGCUUCUUGGUUUUGGGGCACUGCUGGCUUGGAUGGUUUUGUUCCACCUGCUGGUCAACGUUUGGCUCCUCUGUGUCUUCACAAGCUUCUUAGUGGUCUUAGGUGGUUGGCUGGGUUCCAAGGCUGUCCUGGAUUCGGACAGUGUUUUUCAUCUGGAGCGUUUUUUUAAGCUGGAGGAGAUCCCACAUAGUGCCGAGAGUGAGCAACAACUGGAAGAUGAAAUCCAGAAGACAGUUGGCAAGAUCAUACGCGACUUUGUCACCUCAUGGUACGUCACUGUUUCCAGAGAACAGGAGUUUGAGGAUGAGGUGCACAAUGCCAUGAUAUCCAUGGCAAUGGAGCUCAAGGGUCGAGCGGCAAGGGUUGACAGAAAAGCUUUAUCCCAGAGGGUGUUGGAUCUAUCUGGAUGCCACCUUCAGUGCUAUUUGAGUGCCAAGGUAGGACAAGAGGUGGACAAAGAUAGAGAUCUCUGGGAGGCGUACAGCAAACUCUGCCCACCUCAUCCUGCUCUUCAGAGCUCUGCUGUUGAGGUGAAUUAUGUACGGGCCAUUGUUGAUCUCCUUCUGCAUGCUCUUGUACCUCCUCCACAUUUAGAAACCCGAACAGGUCGAUUUGUGGUGGGCGAACUUAUUACGUGCAACGUUCUUCUGCCUUUAAUUACAAAACUAUCUGACCCAGACUGGCUAAACAUGUUAAUUGUAAGCGUCUUCACUAAAUCCAGCGAACCCACAUCAAAACCAGAACCAGUAGAAGUUCAGGCUCCACCUCAAGUUGUAUCUAUUCAAGAAAACGCACCACAAGAACUUAAGGUUCCUUGCGUUCUGACCCUAAAAGUCACCCCAGAGAUGCCUAAAGUAACUGAGGCCCCAACUCCAGAACUUGCAGCUUAUGAUGUCAUUGAUUCCAUUGAACUUUAUUCUCCACCCAACCUGGAGGAAGACGAACCAAGGCUGACAAAACCAUUUCCAUUGGGUUUCAGCCCUAGAGAUUUUCUGCGACUCGGCAAGCCCAAUCCGUUCUAUCAAGAAACAGACUCUGAUUUGGAAUCUCCUCUGACAGACUUCAAGCGGAGCUCCCUGGAAUCGCUGGUUCUGAUUGGCACGGAGGAGACCCUUUCGGAAAGAUUCACAGAUUGCACAACUCCAGUUGACACUGUGUUAGAUCUAGAGGAUGAACUUCCAACUUACACCAAUACAACAGAGAAGGAGCUAUCGGUACAUUCCGCCGGUGUGCCCGAGGAAGAGUCAUCAAGCUUUUGCAAUCUUCAGCCAUUGGAGAAAAGUACUUCGAGUGCAGACCAGCCGGGCCUGGUGAACCCCAGUGAGCUGGCUUUGACUGCGCCCAUCCAGGCCUCUUCACCAGCUGGGAUGGCGUCCCUGACACCUUUCAACUUCGAGCCCCUAAACAGCCCAGAGGGUCCGGUCAUUAUCCAGAACCUCCGCAUCACUGGCACCAUCACUGCCAAGGAGCACAGAGGCACUGGCUCACAUCCCUACACUCUCUACACUGUAAAGUAUGAGACAGCCGUGGAUUCAGAGAAUCCAGAAAAUUUGCAGCCUUUGGCCUAUCACACUGUCAAUCGACGAUACAGUGAAUUCCUCAACCUUCAGACCCGUUUGGAGGAGAAACCAGAAUUGCGCAAAAUUAUUAAAAAUGUGAAAGGACCAAAGAAAAUCUUUCCUGAGCUUCCAUUUGGAAACAUGGACAGUGACAAAGUCGAGGCCAGGAAAAGUCUUUUGGAGACAUUCCUUAGACAACUUUGUGCCAUUCCUGAAACGGCCAACAGUGAAGAAAUGCAAGAAUUUCUCGCUCUAAACACUGAUGCAAGAAUUGCCUUUGUGAAGAAACCUUUCAUUGUUUCACGCAUAGACAAGUUUGUGGUGAAUGCUAUAGUGGACACCCUGAAGACGGCCUUCCCUCGCUCAGAACCACAGAGCCCUACUGAUGACAUGGAUGCAGAGCCUGAUGGGAAAUUAUCCACUGACAAGAAAUCCAAGUCUAGAAUAAGGUUCUCUAGUAAAAUUUCCCCUGCUCUCAACGUAUCUGACAUGAAACCCAAAGUGCUUUACUGCUGUGAUGAAAGCAGCACUAUUUUCAAUGGUUUCUCGUUGAAUGGACUGGAGAGCUUCAUCUCAGAGAAGGAGCGAUUUGAGGUUAAUGCUCCAGGGUUUGAUGCUGAUGCAGAAAGAAGCGGAGGCUCGGGACCCAGAUGGGAUAUGAAACCCUGCACAUGUGUCAGAGCACAGCUACAGAGUGAACCUGCCUUCUGUGACUCUGCUAGUGAGAUGGCUCUAUCUGACCAGGCCCUAAAUAUCCUGUGCGUGCUCUUGAAGGAUCAAUGGAGCUGGCUCUGCACAGAGAACAUCCAGAGGACCAUCAGACUGCUAUUUGGGACCCUCAUAGAAAGGUGGCUAGAAGUGGGUGUGGUUAACCUGACCUGUACGCAGUAUUGGGUGAUUUAUCUGCGGGUGCUGCAGGAGGCCAUCUGGCCUGGAGGAAGUCUGCCGGCUCAACCCCGACCCCAACGCAGCCAGCAGCAGAAAGAUGAGAGCAGAAAGCAGGCUCUGCAGUGCCUUAUGAAACUACUGCCAGAUCUGAUCUCUGAUAUUCUAGGCUCUGAGAAGUACAAGAUAUCUUGGCAGAUGGUUGUGGAUUCUUUUCAGAACCCCACCAUAAACAGGCAUCUUGUGUACUGCAUCUGGGAUCUGCUAAUCGAGUUUCUUGUCCCUGAGGUGUCUGACGAGGACUUUCAGAAAACACUUCUGCACAGCCUGUCCAAAAAUGCUGAGAAGCUGCCACCAUAGGUGUGCUGGGGGGAAUGGAGACAUAAAAACACUUGCAUACAUACAUACGUAUCACAUACAAACGUGUGGUCAGUUGCAGUGUUAGAAAUAUGCGAUCAAGAAAGUGUGGAUUUUAUUCACUAUAGCCUGUGUCUGGCACCAAUUUAGGUCUCCCUGUUUCUGGGACACACUACGCACGUCCGGGCGAGCUUUGAUUAAUGGACACCUGUUUUGUGUUUUAUCAAACCACAAGUCCAAUCUCAAAAGCCCGACAUACCGGAUCUGAAUUAGUCGCAAGUUCUCCAACUUUUAUCCACCUAGUUCUCACUUCAGCUUUGGGCAAAGCUCUUACAGAUGGACUUCACAGAUCAUUUCCGCACUGUCCUAUUGUGUGCUUAUGGUCUUUCAGUCUUGUUAUACCUUGAGUUUACACAAAUUCACGCUGUCCCAGUUUUAUCUCUUCAGCCUUCUGCAUGAGGAAAGCCUAUUUUUCCUUGAGAUUCCUUUUUAAGUAUGAAAUUUCGUCACAUCUGCUUCUGGUGUCACGGUAGAGUUGUACGUGCUUUGUGUGCUUUCAGCCAACUUAAGAAGCCUUUAGACAUAAUGUCUCUCUUCACCACUUCUAAUUAAGUGGUUAGAUGCUGACAUAAAGCCUCUGAAGAAAAGAUCAUGUUGAUUUUUCAAAAACGGCCAGUUUUCAGAACAUUUGUCUUAUAAUUAUCUAUUUACGGUCUUUUUGAAGUAUGUAAGUUAUCUUAAAUGGUUAGUUCACCCAAAAAUGAAAAUUAUGUCAUUUAUUACUCACCCUCAUGUCGUUCUACACCCGUAAGACCUUCGUUCAUCUUCGGAACACAAAUUAAGAUAUUUUUGAUAAAAUCC